AUGAGCGACGACCCUGACGACUUUCGCGCGAGCAACUCGACGGUGCUCAUCCCGCUCGCCUACAUUGAGAUCAGCGACGACGUCGAUGCAUACGUGGCCUUGCAGCGCAUGCGCGAUGCGAAAGCGAUGGCGCAAGAGGCGCGGAGCAUGGCGUGGGAAGAUUUCUUCGCCAAGCGCUGGAACGACGACGAGCGCGCGGUGGCCAAGAAGGCGGCGGCAAACCUCGCGCGCCAGAUCGACGUGCUCUCCAAGCACCAAGCCGCAUCGAGCAACUUCGAGCUAUGGAACGUGGCGCUCGACUCCAAGUACUACGAGUACGUUCGGUACGCGCUCCGCGACGGCGCCGAGAUUCCGCGCAGCAUGCUCUUGACCAACAUCAGCAACGACGGCGUAACACCGCUCGUCAAGGCGUGCAUGCUGACCGACCUGACGCUGCUGCGCAUUUUGCUCGAGGCUGGCGCCGACGCGACGGCCAAAUACCCCAAGAGCACCAACCCGUACAUGCAGUCCAUGUACCGCGCGGCCCUCAAGAACGUGCAGGUCUUUGACCUCUUGGUCGCGCACGGCGCGUCGACGCUCGAAUCCGAGCUGCAGUACGUCGAUGGCGACGGCAAGUCGCUCCUGCACUUGGCGGCGGAAGGCGGCCACGUCGACGUCCUGCGUCGGCUUCUCGAACACGACCUCACGCGCCACUUUGCACAGACACUGACGUCGCGCGGGCAGACGCCGCUCCACUUGGCGGUUCUAGGAAGCUACACGCGCUGUGUGCGCGUCUUGCUCCAAGCAAUGCCACCCGAGAGCAUCACGAUGGUCGACGUGGACGGCCACAACGCCUUGCACCUUGCGCUUAAGCUCGAGAGCACCUUUUUCCAUCUCGAGACGCUCAUCGACACCUUCGUCACUGCCGGACCGCCGAGCUUGUUUGAGGCUUUGGACGCGAAUGGCUGCACGGUGCUCCACCUCGCGAUGGGCCAGAACCUCGAGAAGAUUGCGCUACAGCUCAUGCGAUUUGGAAAGACACCGCUGAAUGUGUGCAACAAAAGCGGUUUGACGGUGCUGCACAUUGCCGUCGGGCUCCGGAACCACCGCCUCAUUCGAGCGCUCAUCGACUGCAACGUCAUGGUCGAUGUGGUCGACGACCUCGGGCAAACGCCGCUGCUCAUGGCGUCGCUGCUCGCCGACACGGAGACCAUCAAACUGCUCGUGGCGGCUGGCGCCGAUCCUGCGUGUCAGAACCGCGAGGGCCAUACAUCGUUGCACUACCUGGCGACAUACUGCCGAGAUGAAGUGCCCAUGCGUCUCUUGAUCAAGAAGGGCGCCAGCGUGAACGCGCGGUCGGGCAAAGGCAACAUUCCAUUGCACUUGGCUGCCAUGAAAGGCAACGAGAUUGCAGCGCGCGUCUUGCUCGAGUACGGCGCCGACCUCUCGCUUGUGAACGAAGACAAGCGCAACGCGGUGUUUCUGGCUCGGCAAUGGGGACACUUGGCCCUCGAAGCCUAUUUUAACGACUUGCUCAAGGAAGAAGAACCGAUGCCGACACCGCCGAUUUCAAUCGAGAUAGCGUCGUCGAUUGCGGCCAAGCUGCUUCGCCGCUCCAAGGAAGCCAAGGCCCAUGUGCACAUGAAACACAAGACCAAGUCGCCAAAGCGAUCACCGAAGGGCAAGGCGCACCACGGCCGGCUGCCGUUGCCGCCACUCUCGCUCGACGAGCCGUCGUCGAGCCGCUCCUCGAAUGCGUUUGCCGAACCCGCGACCGAGCUGACGAACGAUCUCAUGCUGGAAACCAUGAUCGAGACGGACUGGGAGCACAUGUCAAUGAGUGGCGACUCGACCUUGUCCGAGCCAAUCGAGGCGCCGGUGCCACGCAAGGUGUGUCUUACGCCGUUUGUGAGGCGGCAGCUCGAGGCUGCAAGUGACAUUCGACCGCUUCGGAGCGAUGUGCAAGAGCUAUUGCGGCACAACCAGCCGCUCGCGCCUCUGCGCGAGCACAUUCGCACAAAAAGCACGCUCCAAGCCCCCGGAGGCGUGCACAUUCCGUGGCACUUGACCGUGCCAACGGGCGGCGUCUCGCUCGAGCGCAAGUUCAAACCGUCGACAAAGCACCAAGUGCACCCGCACUACCAGGCGCCGCGCAGCAUCCACGACGUGCGUGCCGAGAUUGCCAACGCACGGACCUUCUUUUGGCAAGAGAGCGCGGUGAAGCGGCGGUCCCGGCACGAUCUACACCCGCUCUCGCGAUGACGAGGC